UUUUUUCAGUUGUUUACUAACAUUCAAAGUGUUAACAAUUUCCAAAGAAGUUUAAACGCUUGAUCUGAAGCUAUCGUAUCUAAUAAACUUUAACAAAAAAUUCAGAAGAAAAAACAAAAAAAAAAAAAUGAAAAGUAGCAUUUUACAAGUCCUUAAACUAUUGAUUGUUGUUGCGGUAUUGUGUCGUGUCGCUAAAGCACAACAAAAUCAAGUAUCGCCAAAACUUGAUUUAAGUGAGACCGAGGAUAGUAACAAUUCAACCGUACCGGUCAUAAAAGGACGAGCAGAAGACCGCAACAAUGAAAAAAACAAAGCAAUGGAUGACAACGAGAAAGACGGUGUCAAAACGGGACCUAAAAUCCAUGGUGUGCGUGUGACAGUUGAUACUGGAGAUGGCCAAACAUCCAAAGAAUCCAAGGAGAGUGUUGAGAUAACCGACUUGGGUAAGAACAAGAAACGAGUUGGCAUCCAUACAGACAUAACAUUCGAAAUCACAGCCGGUGGAGAUCCACAUGACAAUAAAACAAGCCGGGAACACGAUGUUGAUGAAAAGGAGGAUGCGAGUGUACCCAUUUUCAAAGGAAGGGGAGGCUCCAAUUCUCACAAGAAUCGAAAACCGACCGAUCCGAAAUCUCAGUGGAAUCCCAACUUUUCUGCUGAACGUCGUUCAUAUGACAACUCAGGACGAGGUCGUUAUCCAGAUUAUCAGGAAUACUAUCCCGGCAACGUUCCGGUUUAUGUGGGUUCCUCCGACGGUCGUGGAGGGGGAAGCUCCAUUUAUCGUUCCUCAGACGGCUGGAAUAGUUAUAUACCUCGUUCUGCUUACUGGACAACCGAAAGAUCAAAUUACGAAAACUAUAGACCAAAUGAUGUGUCCGGUUAUCGGGUAACACCCAGUUGGAAGCCUUGCUAUUGUGUAAUGAACGGUAAUGAUUACCGUCGACGUAGAGACAGCAGCCAACCUCAUCGCCACCACCAUGAAGUACGCGAUGAAGUUGUUGUAAAACCAACCAGCUCUUUGAUCGAAAUUGUAGAUGGAAAAUUGGAAAAGACAUUUUCGAAAAAAUAAUUUAAGAUUAUAAAAAAAUGUA